AUGACCGAUCUAGCACCAGUUCACUUCUUCUCCCAUGGCUCGACCAUGAUGCUGGGGGAAGAAUCCGAUUCAGCCGAUUACUGGAAGAAAGCCGGAGACCAAGCUUUGGCAAACAAGAUCAAGGGAGUAAUCAUGAUGGGCGCGCAUUGGGAUGCUGAAGGAGAUCGUAUGGAAGUCGCCAUGAACCCGAAGCCUGGCAAAUCCCCAGUCGCAUACGUCCACCCAUCGAAAUACGUCGACUACGAACUCGUUCCCGAUCUACCAACCGGCGAAAAGUGUAUCUCCCUUCUCAAAAACGCCGGCUUCAACGUCUCCGCCAAUCCAAACUUUGAAUGGAUCCACGACACAUACCUUAUUCUCAUCCGCAUGUUUCCCAACGGCUGCCCGCCCACGACGCUCAUCUCCAUGAACGCCCGGUUCGAUCCACACUACCACAUGCGCGUCGGCGCAACGCUUCGCUGUCUCCGAAAAGAAGGUUAUCUUAUAAUUGGAUCCGGUGGCGCGGUACACAAUUUAUACCGUAAUAUCUGGGCGCCGAUCGUAUACUACUCGGAUAACUUUGCGCAAGAGAAGCCGCCUGAGUCGUGGGCUUUGGAGUUUCGUCAGGCGGUUGAGGAUGUGAUCAAGAAUAACAGUGGACCAAGGUUGAGAAGGGCUAUGACGAGAUUGAUGAAGCAUCCUUGUUAUCGGGAUGCGCAUGGUACGGAUGAUCACUUUAUGUCGGCUAUGUUUGUGGCCGGCGCUGCUGGUGAUGAGGAGGAUGAGGGUGUCUACGGAGAGCUCAAGGCUGAGGAUUGGGAGUUGACGAAUAUGUGUAAUAGUCAGUUUACGUUUGGGACUUGGCCUAGGACAUUGGGUGUAGCGGCUGCAUAG